ACAGUAAAGCGUGGCUGCAGCUCCUCCCCCCGACCUGAAUGAAGACAGGCUAGUCAGUCCUUCGCUGUUGCUAACUAAACUGCGGAACUACAGCAGUGAUAUAGUCAGUUGCUCGGCAUUUGUAGCUUGAAGUUGAGGUACACCGUUAACAGGGAGGCCUUCUGCAUUGAUCACUCCUUUAUAUAGCUUAUCGACUGCAGUUAAGAGAGCUAACGAGAACCGUCACAAGUUUCUAGUUAAGUUAAUGUUAGCUAGUUGCGUCGUUUGACAGCUAAGGCUAACUAGCUAGUCUCAUUGGUAUUCGACGUCAGUUUCAAAACAAAGCCCGCAAAACCAAGAAGUUGAGACUCUGCUGUCAUCUCCAAAAUAGCUCGCUACAAGACAAGCUAGCUAGGUUUAAGUCUGUCAACUGACCGAAGAUAAAUUACGCUAUUCAGCUGAUGUUUCAUACACCCAGUUAAUGUCUAAUUAACGUUAUUUCGCUGACGGCAAGGCUAAGUUAAAGAAGCUGUCAGCAGGUUUGGCUGUGACGCGUUUGAACUUAAUAACUAAUCCAGCAGCUAGCGUUAAGCUAAGUGGUUCUGUCGAUAACAUCAGGUUCAAGUUUUCUUUGAAGCUUGGAUUUAAAUGUCCGAAAAGAGUUUAUCGUCCGGUUCGGAUGAGGAUGUGGACCCGGAAUCCGGACAGCCCGUGGAGCUUGGAGGCGUUUUAAGCAAGUGGACAAAUUACAUACACGGAUGGCAGGACCGAUGGGUCGUGUUGAAAAACAAUACUUUGAGCUACUACAAGUCGGAGGAUGAACGGGAGUACGGCUGCAGGGGGUCUCUGUGCCUCAGCAAGGCUGUCAUCACACCUCAUGAGUUUGACGAGUGUCGUUUUGACAUCAGCGUGAACGACAGUGUUUGGUACCUCAGAGCUGAAGAUCCAGAGCACAGACUCCAGUGGAUUGAGUCGAUAGAGCUGCACAAGGCUGAGUCUGGUUAUGGUUCAGAAACAAGUCUCAGGCGUCAUGGUUCCAUGUUGUCUCUCACCUCCGCAGCCAGUGCCUUGUCUGCUACAUCCACAUCCUCCUUCAAGAAGGGGCACAGGUUGCGCGAGAAGCUAGCAGAAAUGGAAACCUUCCGGGACAUUCUGUGCAGACAAGUGGACACCCUGCAGAAAUACUUUGACUCCUGUGCUGAUGCUGUCUCCAAAGAUGAAUUUCAGAGAGACAGAGCAGUAGAGGAGGACGAAGAUGACUUUCUUAACACUACAAGACCCGACGGUGAAUAUAAUCACAACAACAAUGGCAGCAAAGAGAAAUUGUUUCCCCCUGCCAGUCCCAAAGGUAUGAACGGGAUAGACUUCAAGGGUGAGGCAAUCACCUUCAAGGCCACCACAGCAGGCAUUCUCUCUACCUUGUCCCACUGCAUCGAACUGAUGGUCAAACGAGAGGACAGCUGGCAGAAGAGACUGGACAAGGAGCUAGAGAAGAGGAGGAGAGUAGAAGAUGCCUACAAGUCUGCUAUAAUUGAACUGAAGAAAAAGUCACACUACGGAGGUCCAGACUACGAGGAGGGGCCCAACAGUCUGAUCAAUGAGGACGAGUUCUUCGAUGCAGUGGAAGCUGCAUUGGACAGACAGGACAAGAUAGAGGAGCAGUGCCAGUCAGAGAAGAUCAGGAUACCUCGACUAACUCCGGUUCCUCCUGGAGACAUCUAUUCCACCAUCGGUACACACCAAUUUGCCACCAAGCCCCAUAGCCAUUCUUCUUCCCUGUCCUCCGUUGAGCUAGUCAGUGCUUCAGAUGACAUUCACAGAUUCAGCACUCAGGUGGAGGAGAUGGUGCAGAAUCAUAUGACUUACUCUCUUCAGGAUGUGGGCGGAGAUGCCAACUGGCAGCUGGUAAUAGAAGAAGGAGAGAUGAAGGUGUACAGGAGAGAAGUAGAGGAGAAUGGUAUUGUGCUGGAUCCUCUCAAAGCUACACAUGCUGUGAAGGGGGUAACAGGACACGAGGUCUGCCACUACUUCUGGGACACAGCGGUCCGAUUGGACUGGGAGACCACCAUUGAAAAUUUCAACGUUGUGGAAACGCUCUCUGAUAAUGCCGUCAUUGUUUACCAGACGCACAAGAGAGUGUGGCCUGCCUCUCAGAGAGACGUGCUCUAUCUAUCAGCCAUCAGGAAGAUCUUAGCAACAAACGAAAACGAUCCCGACACAUGGCUGGUCUGCAACUUCUCUGUGGACCACGACAAUGCUCUUCCCACAAACCGGUGUGUUCGUGCCAAAAUCAAUGUCGCUAUGAUCUGCCAAACGCUGGUCAGCCCACCAGAGGGUGAUAAAGAGAUCAGCCGAGACAACAUCCUUUGUAAGAUCACCUACGUUGCCAAUGGCUUGCAGAUGACCAAGGUUGGCUACUGGAGAGACUACAUUGUUCAGCAUUGAAAAGGCCCUCAAUAACUACAUGAACCAUUCACCUGUCAAAUAGAAUGUGUUUUCAAACUUACUACACGCAGGACACCAUAUCAUCCAGGAUGCCCCACAGGACACCUGCUUGUAGAAGAGACUGGUUUUUACGGCAUCAAUCCAUCAGUAGUUGUCAUCCCAGCUAUAUUAUAAUGGCAAAACACCAUCUGUUGGUCAUGGGUACAUUUGUAUGUAAAUUCAAAAGUUUCCUAAGUGGUUUUUGAAUUAUUAUUACCGAUUAUUUGCUUUUUUUGUAAAUUGUUACAUUGUACAUUUCUUAUGAUUCCAUACUUCUUGACUUUUUGGGGUUUGCUUUAAUCGCUAGUAUUACAGCUACUUGUUUUGCUGCUGCUAAAGUAACUACCAUGAGGGAGGAAAAUAGAUAUUGACAGGAAAAGCAUUGAUGAGGUGUGGUACUGUAUCUCCUCUUUCUUGCCUUCUCCAGUCCCUCUAGUGAUGACUCUCUGCAGUUUGAUGGGGGGUCAGAGUCUAAGCUUUGAAAUCUUUAUAUUUCUAGAUUGUUAUAAAGUAGCUUUUGGAGAGCACCAUGGACACAAUGUAUUGUACAGAGAAAACAAACAAGUUUUCAGUUAGUUUACCAAUGUGAGAAAUGUGAUUUGACUGUUAAACGCUUGAAUUUGAUGACACGGCCAAGAAAACCUGAAGUGGGAGUUAAACAGCAUUUAACUAAUUGACUCAUGUUGGACAAUAUUUUUGACACAAUUGAACUGAUAAUCAUUAAUUGGAUAUGGUCUAUAGAUGCUAAGUUGUGGUCUGUUGUCGGUGUGUAUCUGCCUUUAACCUCCAUAUAAGACAAGGUUUCUGACAGAUCUUUGCAAAUGGCCAGCCAUAGUGUCUAAUAUAAAGAUUCCUCUCUUUCACUGAGAGAUGAGUGGAUACAUUUUGUAUACCCUAGGUUGUUUUUCACCAUUUUCAGCCCCUGAUGAGGCAACAAAAAAAAUCUGUCUGUCCAUUCACAAGUGUCAUGUUUGUAAAUUAGUACUGCUGCUAUUGUGCAGGUAAAAUUGUAAAAUGUUGAGUAAGAUAUCACCUCCACCCUACACUCUGUCUUACUCUAACAUUACAUUUCACAUGCCACACUACAGUCCAGUGGCCUCCUGCCCUUUGACUGAUAAACUACCCCCAGAAUGCCUUAGACACCAGGAUGAACCCUAAAAAUCCUGGUUAUCGCUACUGUACAGCUACCAGAUGUGCAUUUAUCAACACUGAAAUGAAGCGGGGUGUUUAGGGUCAGCAUUUCACAUCGUCUUACCUCACGAUUUAAAUUUACUCUAGAUUGUGUAUAAUGCCAUCAAAAGUUGGGAGUUUUGCAAUCAGAUCUGCAAUGGUUGAAAAUUCACCAUCAGAUUUUUGGUCUAAGGGGUCAGAGGUUACGAAGGAUCUGGAUAAUUGUUUUGCUGAUGAUUACAAGAUCUAGAUCUGCAAGCAAUGUCAGCUGAAGAAUUCAUUUAGUGUUUUUAAUUUUGAUAUUUUGUCAGUAAUCUACACACUUUGUAUAUUUCUAAGUUGUACAUCAGAAGUGUUAUCAUUUGCACUACAUGUAAUGCAAUUUGACAAUGUUAUGUAAAUUAAAAUUGUUACACAACAGAAAUAA